AUGGUGGCAUCAGCCUUGCCGCAACAGCAGAAUUUGUACGAGUUGUUUACCAACCCUGACAACGCAUGGCAUCGGGACACUGUCCUGUCAUUCCCUGGAUCUCCUGCGUUCAAUAAUGCCACGCUCCGCUGGACCCCCUCUGCCAACCCGACGUAUUUUGCCGCCAUUUCUCCAGCUAACGAGGCUGAUGUAGCCAAAGCCGUAGGUUAUGAAGAGGAAUACCGAGAUUCGGGAAUGUCAGAAUAGCUAACAUUGACAAUUGAAUGAUAGGUGAAACUUGCCAGUAAUGCGGGAAUUCCCUUCCUCGCACAAGGGGGACGUCAUGGAAUCGCCGCGCAGCUAAACACUCUGAGAAACGGACUGGCAAUCGAUCUCUCAAAGAUGAAUUUCGUCUCCGUAAACAGGCGUGCUGCUACUGCUCAUAUUGGUGGCGGGGCCCGAUUUAGAGAUGUCUUUGGACCUGUGGGUGAUGCUGGUUUCCACCUUCGUAAGUCUUUCCUUAUAAGUUGAAUCCCAUCAGUUAGUUACACAGCGAGUAAACUCAUAAAAUAUCAUAGAAACUGGUUCAGGUUCUUGUCCCGGCGUCAUGGGCGUUGCCCUGGGUGCUGGUGUGGGACGAUACCAAGGCAUGUUCGGCCUCGUGCUUGAUAAUCUGCUUUCAGCCCGCCUGGUUACGGCCGAGGGAAAGGUCGUCGACGUCUCCAAGUCGCAAAACCCUGAUCUUUUCUGGGCUAUCCGCGGUGCUGGCGCGAACUUUGGUAUUGUGACCUCGGCAGUAUUUAAGCUCAACAAGGCACCGAACGGUGGGCAAGUGCUCAACGCUGAUUUCAUCAUCCCUGCAGCCUCCAACAGCUCGUAUAUGGACCUACUUCAGACCCUUGAGAAUAUGCCCCCUGAGCUUGCUACGAUCUCUUUUGUCUUAUGGAAUGAGACCAUCAGCCAGGUUUGUUGCCGCCGCAUCCUCCAGAAAACACUAGAAAGUAAUGGCUAACCGGAUCACUCGUCUAGCCCCAGAUUCUUGCCAACUGGGUCUACACUGGUCCACGGGAGCAGGGCAUGAAACUAAUCGAUCCAAUUUUUCGACUUAAUCCUGUGCGUAGUGAGAUAAAGAUGGUUGCUUGGAAGGACCUUGUGGGCGCGGCUGGGUUUGGGAUAGACGGCCUGUACUGCCAACCAAGCAACACGCAGUUCACGCAGAUUUCGACCAACGUGCGUCGGCUCGAUGCCAAGACGUUCAAAACAAUGUUUGAGAAAAUGAACAACUUUUAUAAGAGGGUUCCUGCCGCCCGCGCAAGCAGCAUCGAGCUCGAAAUCUUCAACACUGAUGCCGCCAAGCGCGUGCCGAGGGACGAGACGGCCUACCCCUGGCGUGACACCAUCGGCUACACCAUGUACGAGUGGAGUUGGCAAACCGCAGAGGCUCGUGAGGAGUGCAUCAGGAUGGGCAACGAGCUUCUGCGCGACUUCGUGGCUACGUCGGGAUACCCCGAUGUUUCCGUCUACGUCAACUACGCCAGCGGCAACGAGACGCUUGAGCAGAAGUUUGGGAAGGAUAAGCUUCCCAGGCUGGCUUCACUCAAGAGAAAGUGGGAUCCAAGAAAUGCCUUCCGAUACACCAAUCCUCUACCUACGAAGUAUCCUUGAGCCCUUGGCCCACGCGGUUAAAACUCAACAGAUUAUCAAUCGUCUCUUGAAGAUUGCCAAACAACGAUAGCAAACGCUGAGAAUUUUCCUGUGUGUUACUAUUCCUAGCUAUUCUGAGAAAAAAAGACAAAUGAAUUCCCCCGGAAGCCGUAUUCAAGAACAAUUCAAUAUUUUAGUCCCAUCUCUUACUCUCUAGUUAAGGGUGGAAAUCAUUUCAUGAGAAGUAAGAAGAUACGUAUUUAAGUAUAUGUGCGGACGAAAGAGAAAUUGCUUAUCCACACUUCGGGGAUAAGCCGCCAUCCAAAAGAGUGAAGUCUAUGAUGAAAGCGACCUUCUAUCGCCGAGGAGGCGUCACCUAUGACUGGCCUCGGCGAUCCUCUGCCCGUGCAACAUUACAUCCAACAUGACACCCAGUUCCUACACUUACAUGAGUCCAAUGAAUCAGGAGGAUAAGGCCGAAUAUGACGGCUGGACUUUGUUCAAUCUUGUGCAGCGGAACUUUGAACAAAACUCGAGUGCUAUUUAAACAUUUCAUCACAAGAAGGGAGGAAACAUUUGAAAGACCGCGUGUUGGUACAGGAGCCCUUCAUCAUUGGCUCAAGAAGAAAUCAUGUAUAGGCAACGGCUGUCGAUUUUCACGCUAUCUCUCCUGCCAAUUUGUGGCUGGCUAGCGUAUUCCAUCUGGCGAGACUGGGACGUUGAUCAGAAUAUCAGACGUCUUCUCCGCCACAAAAGCAAUGAAUGGCAUGUGAACACCAAUAUCAUAUUCCCGGAACAUCCGGAUUUUGCCAAAGUACGUCGAGAGGAAUAAUGCAUGUGCAGUUCCAGACGCACUGACAAAAGAGGCAGCGUUCGGAAAGAUGGUCCAAUUUCUGUCAGCCAAAGUUCUCAAUGAUUGUCACUCCGGCAACUGAGGCGGACGUGGUAGAAAUUGUUAGCUGUUCAUGGCAUACCACUGUCUUAAAGACGAUAGAUUGCUGACGAGACUUAGGUCAAGUUCGCAACAGCGCAUGAUAUUCCCUUUCUCGCUACUGGUGGUCAUCACGGAUAUUCAACCACAUUCGGGAAGCUGGUUCAGGGCCUGGCAAUUGAUCUUAGCCUGCUGAACUCAGUCGAGGUGUUUACAGGUAAUGGUACUUUGGUCGUCGGCGGAGGCACUCGAUGGAGCUCGAUAUUAGAUCCUGUCUACGAGGCAGGUUUCGAAAUGCGUGAGUCCGUGUUUAAAAUAUAUAUGUGACCCUCGCAUAAUAACAAGACUCGUAGCAACUGGCUCCUGCUCUUGCACAGGAGUUGUGGGGACAACAAUAGGUGGUGGUAUCGGGCGCUACUCAGGACGAUAUGGCAUGAUCAGCGAUUCAUUGAUCUCGGCAAAUGUGGUCACUGCAGAUGGGCGACUUGUUGAAGUCUCAGAGACCUUAGACCCGGACCUAUUUUGGGGCAUACGUGGUGCUGGCGCCAAUUUUGGCAUCAUCACUCAGGCCACGUACAAGCUACGGAAGGUAGAUGGACAGAAUCUUGUGAUGAAUGCUGACUUUGUCUUCAAUCUCGACAUGAGCCACUCAUACUUCGACCUUUUGGAAUCUUAUGAUAGAUCGAUGCCUGAGAGCCUUGCCAUUGUCUCUAUGAUCAUCUAUGAUGAAAAGACGAAUGCUGUACGCGCGAUAUUUUCUCCGUUUGAUUCAUCUUUCCCUAGCUGAUUGCCUAAUGCUAGGCUCAAAUUCUGGCAAAUUGGGUUUACCUUGGCCCAGAAGAAGAAGGCCUUGACGCUAUCAAGCCCUUACUUGAAUUGCAGCCAUCCAUGUCUUCCAUCUCCAUGGUCCCGUGGAAUAAGAUAUUAUCUUCCCAGGGGCUGGGUGUUAUCGAUACUAUGUUCUGCCAGAACAACAAGACGCGAAGCCUCUAUUCGGCGAGUGUACGACGCUUUCCAGCCUCAACCUCCAAGACGGCGUUCGAGAAGAUGGAAAAAUUAUACGCCGAAUAUCCCAGUGCCAGAGCAAGCAGCUUGAGUUUGGAGAUGUUCCCUAAUCAGGCUGCCAUGGCUCAGGGUUCGGAUGCAACUGCAUAUCCGUGGAGAGACGCUCGGGGCCACAUGUAGGUCAAAUAUGAGGAACUCUCAAGCCUGGGAGGAGAAAAAUGUGUGCUAACUGUGCCGCUAUUCUAGGAUUUUCCUCUUUCAGUGGGAGAAGACUAAUGGCCAUGGCUUAGAUACAGAUGCCUUAGAAGUGUCGACCUUGCUUGGCCAGAGCUUUCAAGACGCCUUUGCCAAGACUUCGGAAUAUCACCAAUUAUCUGCCUACGUCAGUUAUUCACAUGGCGAUGAAAGUUUGGAGCAAGUCUUUGGCAGAGAGAAUCUGCCUCGAUUGGCUGCUUUGAAGAAGAAGUGGGAUUCCCAGAAUGCAUUUGCAUACAGUCAUGUGCUACCAACAGAAUAUCCUCCAACGGAAGCUUCAAGACUGUAG